AUGUCACAUAAAAGCUUUAAGGAAAUGAGGAAAGUAAACAUUUCUAGCUCAUUGGAGUCUGAAGAUAUUAGCUUAGAAACCACAAUACCAACCGAUGAUGUUUCUUCCUCUGAAGAGAGAGAAGGUACUGUUAAAAUCACUAAGCAGCUGAUUGAACGGAAGGAGUUGCUCCAUAAUCUUCAGCUGCUUAAAAUAGAGUUAUCUCAGAAAAACUUGAUGAUUGACAACUUGAAAGUAGAAUAUUUGACCAAGAUUGAAGAGCUAGAAGAGAAGCUUAAUGAUGCAAUCCAUCAAAAGCAGCUGUUGUCUUUACGACUGGAUAGUCAGCUGGCAUUACAGCAAGAAGAUGCUAGAAAACAUCAGGCUCUAAUGAAACAAGAAAUGGAAACUAUUUUAUUGAGACAGAAGCAACUGGAGGAAACAAAUCAUCAGUUAAGGGAGAGGGCUGGAGAUAUCCGUCGUAGCUUGAGAGAUUUGGAACUAACAGAUGAUUGCUAUGAGAAGCUGAAGUCUCUCCCUGAAGAUCAGCUUUCUAUCCCUGAAUAUGUUUCUAUCCGAUUCUAUGAAGUAGUCCAUUCCUUGAAACAAGAGCUAAGUGAGCUACAGAUGAAAAAGGAGAGCCUAACAGAAGAAAUAAGCGGGUACAAAUCCCAGCUUAAGUGUCUGACAGAGAACUAUGAAGAAGAGAGGAGGAAUCGGUCAGAACUUGAGGUUAGAUGCCAGCGUUUGACACUGGAACUGGCUGAUACCAAGCAGAUGAUUCAGCGAGCUGAUUACAGACAAGAGAACUAUGAUAAAGUGAAAUGUGAACGUGAUAUAUUUGAACAUGAAUUGUCAGAACUCAGAAGAAAAUAUGAAAUAUUAGAGGUGUCACACAAAGCGCAAGCUGAAGAAAGAAAUGACUUAUCAAAAGAG